UUCCCUCCGCGGUUCUGGAACUCCCUUUCCUGUUUGCCAGUUCUGCUUCUUCUCCGAUCAGUAUCUCCAAUGGAAAACCAAGCUUCGAGCAGUGGAACUUCAUCUUCAUCUCAGUCUCAGCCACCUCUGCAACCGUCGCUUAACGAUUGCCUGAAGCUCCUGAGAGGUGAGAGAGACGAGCAGCGGUUAGCCGGCCUACUUCUGGUAACGAAGUUCUGCAGUAAGGAUGACCACGAUGCCAUUCGGAAGGUAUACGACGCCGUUGGGCCUCAAUUCCUCCACCGCCUCUUGCGGACUGGAAUGGGGAAAGGAGAAGCAGACGGUGGUCGAAAGGAGAAUCGUGAUGCUUACUUGCAGUUAUCUAUCACCGUGUUAUCAGCAUUUUGUAGGGUUCCAGAGAUUGCAGCCUCGGAGGAUGUGGUUACGAAGAUACCUCUUAUUCUGGAGGUUAUGUCCCAAGAGUCAGUGCCACCUCUCCUAGAAGAGUGCUAUGAAAUUUUACUUUUAGUAUCGAGAGCUCAUGAAGGAUCAGUCAUGACCUUAUAUACAUCUGGUAUCCUGGAGGUUCUAACUUUGCAAAUGCCUUCUUUCCCAGAUGGUUCACAUUUGAUGGAGCUUGCCAUGUUACUCAUUCAGUUGAUUGUUAGCAAGGUUCCUGAAGAAAGAGUUUACUCCGAACAUGCAACAGAACUGUCAUUGCUGGUGGUUGUAAUAGCAAAGCAAUUUGCUAUACUGCAAAAUGCCCUGAAAUUUGAAGCACUCUACCUCCUAUCAUCAAUCAUGUCAAAUAAGUAUUCUGCACCAGUGCAUGAUGCUCUUUCCUUAAUAUCUAAUGAUGCCUGGUCAACUAACUUGCGAAUUGGCAUUGUGGAUAUUUUGCAAAACCGAGUUGCACCUACAUCAAAGUUUCAGGCACUUGUCUUGGCUGAGUGUGUCAUGUCUAUUGUCGGUGAAGGGUGGCUUAUUGGGGAGAUGAACUUACCUAAUGCUAAAUAUUCUCUUCCCGCAGAUAGAUGUGUAAUGCUUGUUUUGGAGUCAGCUAGGGUUGAAGUUGAUGUUAUCCUAAAUGAGCUUGGAUAUUUGAAGUAUGAAGCCCCCAAGGAUUCUUUGUCAACAGCUGAGAACGUUCUAGUAAAACAAAGGAAUCUUGGUGUUACUUUCUCUUUGUUGGAAAAAGUAAUCAAAUUUGUAUCAUCUUUUGCUGAAGCUGAAGAGCCACAUAUGAAUUCCAUCAUUAGUGAGAGUACUUUCUCAAAGAUUAUUUUGGGUCUCAACAAGACAACUGAUGUUGUUCUAGACUACCUGAAAGAUGCCAAGGUGCAUGAGCUGAGGAAAGGAGAUGAUCUUUUAGCCUCGGUGCGAAUUAUUGGGAGUUAUCUUGCAGAAGCACCUGAUGCAUGCAGAGAAAAAGUCAUUGAGCUUUUAGAUUUCAUGCUCUCAGUUGAAGGGGAAAUGGAGCAUAGCCCAUUCUACUCCAUCUGUUUCUUGCUUCCAAUGCUUUGUCAAUUAACUGUGAAGGCUUCUGGAUGUAAAGUUUUAACUUCUUCUGGAGCGUUUAGAUCUAUUGUUGGAUGCCUCAUAAAUUUGAUUAACAAAAAAGGUUACGAGAAUGAGGAUGACGGUUCCAUACUGUUGGCAUGUGAUACCAUUUUAAAUGUUCUUCUAAAGAGGGAGCAAAUUCAAUUUCCUUUAGAUGACCCCAUCUUUGUCAAACUGUUGGAAGCAUUGUCAUAUUCAACAGAGGAUUCAGAUGACCAACAGAGAAUUAUGAUGGCAUCAAGCAUCUGCUCGCUUAUACUUGGUGCAACAUCUGAGGCAGCUCUUCUUAAUCAUCCAGAUUUUGACAUUGGCAAGCUAAGUAGUCUGUCAAAGCUCAUCAAAAGAAGUUUGACUUUGUGUGGUCAGGGUCUGACAUCUAGCUACUCUAUAACAGCAAUGGAUCUUGAUCAGAUCAUUAGCUCAGGAUAUUCGCAAUGGGUUGACCGGUUUCCCCAUAUUAGAGAAGCCGUGGAGAGAUGAUCGAUUAUUUUCCCUUGGUUCAGUGAGUACGAUUGGUUCCUUUUGUGUGGUAUCUUUAAGCUGAAGGAAAUUUUGUAUGCUUGCAAAUAUCAUCUUGAAAGUAGUAAUACAAGCAAAGGCUGCAUUUCAUGUUAUAGUGUGUUCAUGUCACUACAAAUAUGUAGACAGGUUUCAGAGAUAGAUGUUGGCGUCUUUAUCAGAUUAGAGCAAAAUACAAAUUUCAGGUCCAUCGAAUGCACUGGUGAAGAAACUAAGAAGCUGAUUGGCCAAGCGCGCUAAAAGUCAUUAUAUUAACCAUCUUAGUCUUUAUAUCUGAAUCUGAAAUAGAUUUGUUAUGAUAUAUAUUGGUUGAGUGAAGUAGGGGUAGAAAGAGCUUGUCUUUUGGAGAUUGUUUUAUGAUGAGGCUAGAUGUUUAGUGAAAAUGGAGAGUUUAGAUUUAUAUAUAAAAUAAUGAUAAGAGAAGCUUUUUGGCAGCUAGAAUUAGUUGAGAAAUGUUUGUCCAUGAUUGAGUUGAAGUUUGUGUCGUUACUCCUUAUCUGUUCAGUGAUUUAACAAAGAGACAAUUUGCUUAAUUCUUAAUUUACCCACAUGGAAGUGUAUUUUUA